UCAAGUUGUUCCCUCCGCCCAGGCCACCCUCGCCUCGGCUCUGCCUGACCCUCCUUGAAGGCCGGCUCAAAUGCCACCCCUUCCAGGAAGCCUGCUCUGACCCCCUGUGCCCCCUCCCUGCUCUGCACACUCGGGUAACUUGCUCACGUCUGCGUCAUCCUAACUGUGGCCGGCCACUGGAGGCGUGACACAGGGAGGUGGGGGGACCUGCGACCCCUUAGCUUCCUGGCUCCUGCAUCGUGGCGGGUGAGGCCGAGCUGUCGCCAGGAGGCCCUCCCGGCUCCGCCUCAGCUGCACCCUCUCCACCUGGAGUGUCCCAGAGGGGCCGGCCAGUGAGGAAGAAGGGCACCAGGGCGGGGAUCCGGCUUCUGACCCCUCAGGGCCCAGAAGCCAGGAUGGAGGCUCGGCCCCAGCUGGGAGGCCUCUGAAGCCUCUAGUGGGAACACCUGGCCUGGGGGAGGGCUUAAAGCCCGGGAGGGUGCAGGCAGGUGCCGGCAGCGCGGAGGCGAGCGCGGGGGCGAGCGCGGAGGCUCUGCCUGCCACCUCCUGCCCCAUCCGCCAUGUGGCCCUUCCUCAGCCGAGCUCUCUUCCCGCCCCCCACUGAGGCCUGGCUCAGCAGGGCUUCCUCAGACCCCGAGGCCCAGGGCUGGGGGGCCUGGAGCCGGGCCGAGAAGACCCCUCUGGGCCCGGGAGCUGGGGACGGGGAGGAGGAGGAGACGGGGGAAGCGGAAGAGCACGAGGAAGACGCAGGCUUCCUGCUGCCUCUCCUGGAGAGGGGGCACCUGGCCGAGUGCCCGUUACCUGACCAGGAGCUGGAAGCCAUCAAACUGAAGCUGUGGGCCAUGGAGCAGGCCCAGCGACCGAAGCCGCCCGGGGAGCAGGGCCCAGAGGGGGAAGAGGAAGACGCCACGGCCCCGCUGGCCGGGCAGCUGCUGAGCCCCGAGACAGCCCCUCUCUCCACAGACAGCCCCACGGAGGCGGUGGAGGCCGAUCACAGGUCCGUCUACGUGGGCAACGUGGACUACGGGGGCACAGCCCAGGAGCUGGAGGCCUAUUUCAACCACUGCGGGGAGAUCCAGCGGGUCACCAUCCUGUGCGACAAGUUCUCCGGACACCCCAAGGGCUACGCAUACAUAGAGUUUGCCACCGAGAGCUCGGCCCAGGCCGCUGUGGAGCUGGACAAGAGCGUCUUCCGAGGCCGGGUCAUCAAGGUGCUGCCCAAAAGAACCAAUUUACCAGGGAUCAGCUCCACGGACCGCGGGGGCCUUCGGGGACACCCAGGCGCCAGGGGGGGACCCUUCCCUCACAGCAACUUCCAGGGCGGGGCCCGUUUCAGACCACGGGGGUGGAACCGGGGGCGCGGAAGGUUCUCGCCGUGGUAUUCACCGUAUUGAAGGGAGGGCCCGAUUUUGAGAGUGGGGCUGCGGCUGGCUCAGGAGUAGACAGCCGUGCUCCUCGUGGGACCAUUUACUCCGCGCAGAAUAACUAUCCGCCCCCCUUCCCUCGGCGGGAGGACGGCCCAGA